ACCACACAGGAAAAUGAAAAACACCUGCCUCUGCUAACGUGAGAAACCCACUAUCUCUGUAGUAGCUUAUAGAUAAAAUGACACGCACCAGUCUCUCUACUCUCUUCGUAACCAUCUGGUUCACAGGUCUCGUCCCUGGAGAUGUAUCUUUGCCAAAUCUGGGCAUAUCUGUGUGGCAAAUUCCUGAGAUAACAGCAAAAGAAGGCACAGAUGUCAUCAUCACCUGUCACAUUAAAGCUGAUUCACACGUGGAAAGAAUCAUGGUGAAGUGGUGCCAAGAUAAUCAAACUGUACCGAACAGUACAACGUCUUACCAUAGAUCGCCUGUAAAUGGAUCUGGGAGAAUUAAUGCAACACUGCAGCUGCUGUCGGUGAAUCUAAAUCAUAGUGGCAUCUAUUACUGCACAGCAUUUGUGGAUUUACCUACACUUGAACCUGCUGAACUUGGAAAUGGGACGCAUGUAUAUGUGGUGCCUAAUUCAACAACAGUGACAACACAAACUCUCACAAUGAACACAGUGAUGUGGUCAGUGCUUUCAGGCUUGGGCUUUGUUUUGCUGAUCAUCUGCAUUGUCUGUGUUAUUCACACACAUUAUAAAGGACACUGCAGAAUAGAAUCUAGAGCAAAAGAAGCCCUAGUUGACGUUACCCGUGGAUCACCCUGUCCAGACGCUCAGCAAACUCAUGUUGUUUAUGCAGCAUUAAACAUUCCUCGAGACAGUGUAAAAUCAAGAAAAGAGAAUUGUCCGGCUAUGGCACUUAUUUCAGUGACCUGCACAGAGGAUUCAGUGACAUACUCUGAGGUCCACUUAAAGAAAGGACCAAAGGAUGAAGGUUAA